CCACAAUCCAACACUAAUAAUGGAAUUCAAAUUCUUUAGUGUUUGUCUGGUAUUCAUACCAUUAAUCCAUGGGUUUGGAGACAACCAACACAAUGAUUGGAAUAGGAAUGGUCUCAACAAACGGGACUCAAUGGAGUGGGCGCCCAAUGAUGCUCCUAAUAAUGCCGGACCUAAUGUUGGCCAUAAUGUGGGCCCUAAUAUAGUACACAAUGUGCCAUUGCCCCCCAAUUGCGACAAUAUUGGGAGACGUGCCGUCAAACGCGAAGUCGACUCCUUUCCAACUCUUGCCAACUAUUAUAUGAAUGACUCGUAUAGUGAUAUCAAACUUGGACUCAACAACGAUACCAAAAUCCCCGCUCAUAAACUCAUUUUGUCGGCCAAAAGCAAAUAUUUUGAGAAACUCUUCCUCGAGGAUCCAUUGAAACAAGAGUUUGAUAUCCAAGAUAUGGUCGCAUCGGAGGGCGUCUUC